AUGAUCUAUGUGCAAAUUUACUAAGUCCAAUCUUUUAUCUGAUAAUUGAAGUGAUCAUAUAUUUUAUCUUGAAUCAAGUAAAACAUAUUUCCAUUAGAAGCUAUAGUGGGGGGAGUCAUGUGGUGGCCAGUGACGUGUUGAUUUGACAGUUUCCCCUUCACAGUGGAUGACUGUUUAAGAAAUAGUCAUUACCCUAAGUCACACAAACGCAGGACAGUGCAGGGAGAAGACGCAGGACAGUGCAGGGAGAAGACACAGGAAGGUGCAGGGAGAAGACGCAGGAAGGUGCAGGGAGAAGACGCGGGAAGGUGCAGGGAGAAGACGCAGGUAUAGACAUACAUUAGAUUUGAGGUCAGAAGUAGAAGUUACUGUAUUUGACCAAAAGUGAGUUAAGAUUUCAGAGGGAGUUUAUGGAAACUCAGAUGGAGUUGAAGACGAUGAGCCUGAUGCAAUGAAGAACACAGACAUUGAUGGCCAAUUAUAUGCCAACGUAAAAGCCUUCAAACCUAGACCAAGAGAUGGAGUUGUUGCUUCAGUACAUGUUCAGUGGUGGAGGAGACCCUCUGGAGUUGCUGCAGUGUGUCUGGGGCUGCUGUGUGUUCUCCUCCUGGCUGGGAUCAUAGGCCUGUCUGUCUACUAUGGAGUCAUUGGUCAUCACAACUCAACAGAGAGAAACCAGCUACAGACAAGUAACAACAACCUGACUAAAGAGAGAGACCAGCUACAGACCAGUUACAACACCCUGACUAAAGAGAGAGACCAGCUACAGACCAGUUACAACACCCUGACUAAAGAGAGAGACCAGCUUACCAAUUGUAAACAAACCUGUCCUGAAGGCUGGCAGAAGUUUGAAUCCAGUUGGUACUUCCUGUCUACUGAGACUAAAACCUGGAAGGAGAGCAGAGAGGACUGUCUGAAGAGAGGAGCACACCUGGUGAUCAUAAACAGUGAUAAGGAACAGGAGUUUCUCUUCAAACUCAAGAAGAGAGUCUGGAUUGGUCUGACUGACUCUGUUAGUGAGGGGACUUGGAAAUGGGUGGACGGUACCCCACUAACCACCCCAAGGUACUGGAAUGACAAUCAGCCUGAUAGUGGAGAUCCUAGUGGGGAGGAGGACUGUGUUGAGAUACAUAAAGAUUGGAUCUUUCCACUUAAGGCAUGGAAUGACAUGCCAUGUUACUGGAAACUCAACUGGAUUUGUGAGAAAGUGGUUUAACAUCAUGACAACAUACUGUAGCCUGCAGAGCACACAACUUCCUUCUUCAUUCUCUCUCUGUCACACAAACUCUGUCUUGAUCUCGCUCACACACUGCCUCAAUCCCAAACACACCCGUACACAGAUUGUCGCAAGCACACAUGCAUACACGUACACACACGCAUGCAAAUGCACCUAUUAUUGUAUUUGUUUGUAGUAUCUUAUUAAUUAAAUUAUUUCCUGAUUGCA